AACACGUGAUUACGCCACCGCGCUCGCUCCGCAUGAAAGUAGACGCGAGCCUAGAGUAUCGCGAGAGUUCGCUCGCAACCUCCUUCUUCUCCGCGCACGUGUUGUAAAACUCGUGUCUGAGUGGGUUAGAGAUCCCGCGAUAGAAGGUUUCCUUGGGGUGAAAUCUCGCGAGAGGGGUAUUCUCCUUUUCUUUUUCGGAGCCGACAAGAUGCCUUCAAGACUAAGGAAGACCAGAAAAUUGCGGGGUCAUGUCAGCCAUGGCCAUGGCCGGAUUGGCAAGCAUAGAAAGCAUCCUGGAGGACGUGGUAAUGCUGGGGGUAUGCACCACCACAGAAUUAACUUCGAUAAAUACCACCCUGGUUAUUUUGGAAAGGUUGGUAUGAGACAUUACCACUUGAAGAAAAACCAGCACUUCUGUCCCACAGUCAACCUGGAUAAGCUCUGGACCCUUGUUAGUGAGCAGACAAGGCUCAAGUACGCAAAAAAUCAGACUGGAUUAGCACCUGUUAUUGAUGUUGUACGCUCAGGUUAUUAUAAAGUCCUGGGCAAGGGAAAACUGCCCAAACAGCCUGUAAUUGUGAAAGCAAAGUUCUUCAGCAGAAAAGCAGAAGAGAAGAUAAAAAAAGUUGGUGGAGCUUGUGUGCUAGUAGCAUAAGGAUCUCUCCGUGUGUGCAGAUUUAAAUAAACAUCAUUUCAGCUA